AUGGCUAUGCAGGUAGUGUUUCAAAUCAUUUUUCUGUUCUGGUCAUUGAAUCCAUUUCUUGCAGAAGCACAACCUAUAACAAAAAGUGGAUGUCAAGAUCGCUGUGGAAACAUCAGCAUUCCAUAUCCAUUUGGAAUGCAACCCGGUUGCUACUUAGAAGAGAGCUUCAGGAUAGAUUGCAACUCUAGCAGCACUCCUAGACUUUCCAUAAAUGGCAUCAAUCUAGAGUUGACAAAAAUUUCAGUGGAUAGUGCCACCACCAUUCAAAUCAAUUUUCCAAUCAUCUUCCAAAAUUGCAGCAACAAAAACAGUAGCAGCAAUGCACCGGUCGUCGACAUGGAAGGUAGCCCUUUUGCUUUCUCAACUACGAAUCGGUUAGUUGCAGUUGGUUGCGGCAACCUUACUUUGCUAAGCCGAAAUGAGUCUACCGUCCAAGGGUGCAUGGCAAACUGCAGCCAGAACAGUAGUGCUGCCUCUGCAAACACUACUGGUUGCAAUGGUAUCAACUGCUGUCAAACCACGAUCCCCUCAGAUCUCGAUUUUUUCAACGCAACCUUAACAGAUGUAGAUGACAACGGAAAGAAUCAAUGCAAGUAUGCCUACUUAGUCGACCAAAAUUGGUUUUUUAAUCUGAGUUCAUCUAGUAACAUCUCGGUGAUAAGAGAUAUGGACUUUGUGCCUGUGAUGCUGGAUUGGAGAAUCGAUUCAGGAUCAUACGAAAAGCUGGUGGCGAAUGGAUCGGCAUAUAAUUUAACAUAUUUAACAUCUUCGGGGACUUCCACUUGUAACAUGACAGGAAGCCAAAACUCCUCAGGAGUGCUUGAAUGUUCUUGCUUGCCAGGCUUUCAAGGCAAUCCUUAUCUUCCAGAUGGUUGUCAUGAUAUAAACGAAUGCGAGUAUGCUGACAACAGUUAUAACGCGACUUGCUCCGGGGACCAAAUCUGUAUAAACUCUUACGGCAGCUACACUUGUGUGAAACUUGGAAGCAAGAAAUCUCCGGUUAAGAUGGUUCUUUUAGCAGAAGCACAGGUACUGCCACUCUCUGGAAUAUUUUGUGGAUUGGCCUGUGGCGACGUUAGCAUUCCAUAUCCGUUUGGAAUGGAGAAGCUAGCAAGUUGUUACCUAGAAGAAGGGUACAAAAUACAUUGCAACUCUAGUGAAAUUCCCAUACUUUCGAUAAACGGCGCUGAUCUGGAGGUGACAGACAUUUGA